GAUGUUAUCUUGAUACCAGUUCAGCAAGGCUCACACAGAAGAUGAUAUUACCAAGCAGCGUCGCGAAGUUGCCCGUGAAGCUUUUAUAAGAUCAUAGGAAAGCUACAAAAAUCAUGCUUGGCUUCACGAUGAGUUAUUACUGGUGAGCGGCGGCUUCAAAGAACCAUUUGGAGGUUGGACAGUGAAUCCCGUUGAUUGCCCGAUACACUCUGGAUCAUGGACCUAAAAGAGAAAUUUCACGAAGCUGCUGCAGCGUCCGUGCAACUGGAUUGAAGUGUUACCAUGAAGUCUUGGAAUCAAGCUUUUUGACUACCAUCUGGUGGUCUUCCUGUUGCAUAUGAAUUGAGUAACGACCCAAGCAUGGUAGAAAAAGCAGUGGAACUAAGCAAAAUGUUAUACAUGGCAUUUGACACGCCGAAUCGUACCUCUGGGUUCUGGCUUUCCUUUGAAGACGCGAAGGCUGGAAGAAAACUCGCUGGGUACGUAGUGCGUUGAAUACAUGGGCAACCUCGAGUAGCUGACAUGAAAGCAGAACGCAUGACCCCAGUUCAGCGCCAACACCUCUAUCACUUGAAUGUACUAGACUGUCUCAAACCACGGGCGAUGAUAACUUAUGAAUUACGAUGCAAUGGAUUGUAUUAGACCACCUCUUGAGCGCAGGCAAGAGCAGUCGCUUUUGCUAGGAAUGUGGCCGACAAUGGUCAAUUCCCGGGAGGGAACUGUCAUGGGAGAUAAUUAUUUCUCGCUCGGUGCUCUUGCUGACUCGCUUUAUGAGUAUCUGCCAAAAAUAGCCGUACUCCUUGGUGGACGCGAAGGUUCUGCAUCUUGCGAGAAGAUGUAUCGCAGGGCAUGGAUGUCGUGAUUCAGCGCGUGCAUUUAGACUCAUCUCCCGGGGAAGAACGACUUCUUGUUUGCAGGCACUACUUUUGUUCAUCAAGAUGGGAUUCAUCCUGUUCCUGAAAUGCAACAUCUCACCUACUUCAUUGGAGGAAUGUUUGCCCUUGGUGGUAAAAAUUUUGGGAUCGAUGAACACAUCGACAUUGGGGAUCCUGUAGCUCGUGAAUGUGGUUGGGUGUAUCAAUCAUUCCCUACUGGAAUUCAUGCCAGAAAUAUAUGUUCUCGUGAAAUACCCCCUGCCGGCGGUUCAACCGUGUAAUUGGGACAAGGAGAAGUGGCAAGUGAAGGUGAUCAGUCCUUAACUCAUGGCUUUCGGCAUGCUCGAUCGAGACCCGCGCUAAUAAUUCGACCCGAAGCUAUCGAGAGUAUUUUCAUUAUGCAUCGAAUGCAAGACAAAGAAGACCUGCGGGAAACGAUGUGGACUAUGUUUGAGAGCAUCAUGAAGUCAACUCAGACGCCUUUAGCAAACUUAGCUAUCAGCAAUGUAACCGUCAGUGGUGAGACAGAGAAGGAGAACUCUAUGGAGGUAAGCAACAUAAUUCAUUUCAAUGGGUUGAUGCUAAUGCAUUUGAGCAGAGUUUUUGGAUGGCGGAGACACUCAAGUACUUCUACCUAAUACUCUCCUCGCCCCUCGCCAAAUACCAUCCGUCUAGAUGAGUACCUCUUUAAUAUCGAAGCACAUCUCUUUAGGCGAUUCAAUUGAGUUUGGUCUAGUAGAGAUAAAUGACAUCAUAAGAUCGUGCCAUAGUUGAUAUCUCGAGAUUUGUGAAUCUUAGAUAGGAGCAGUCACAAAAUUGGAUAUACGAAUGCAGUAGUGGCGCUAAAAUGCUUCUAGAGGGCAAGAGCCAGGGAAGACCCGUGGGAAUGCCGCGGAGGUAUCGAGCAAGAAUGAAAUGUCUCGACAGAUCGAUACUCAUAUUCUUAUGGGCUAGCUGGCCAAGGUGUAUUUACAGCAAGAUUAGGCCGUGCAAAAAGUGACAAAAUGACAUCUCUGCAUUGCAUGGCUAAUAUCACGGCGUUUAUGAUUCUCGUUUCAAGUGUCCCUAUGGUUGGUGGCGAAGCGUGAAUCCUGAUUCCUGAAAGCCCC